CGUGCGCGCGCAGGAGCCGGAAGCAGAACUGGGAGCCCGGAAGUCGGGCGGGCAUCCGGGCCGCGGCGGGCCAUGGAGGGUCGCGCCGCGGGUCGUGGGCCGCCGCGCGAGGAGUCAGCGGAGGACGAGGCCGAGCUCCCUGGAGCAGCGUGGAGCGGGGACAGCGGCAAUGUGUCCCAGAGCCACAGCAGCGCCUCGGGGCCGUGGGAGGACGAGGCGUCGGAGCUGGGCGCGCCGGGCCGCGAUCUGCCGCUGCUGCGCCGCGCCGCCGCGGGCUACGCCGCCUGCCUGCUGCCGGGAGCCGGGGCGCGGCCGGAGGUCGAGGCCCUGGACGCCAGCCUGGAGGACCUGCUCACCAGAGUGGACGAGUUCGUGGGCAUGCUGGACAUGCUGCGCGGGGACUCCUCCCACGUCGUCAGUGAGGGUGUGCCUCGCAUUUACGCGAAGGCCGCGGAGAUGCGGCGGGUCUACAGCAGGAUCGACCGGCUGGAGGCCUUCGUGGGGAUGAUCGGCGCCCGCGUGGCCAGGAUGGAGGAGCAGGUGGCCAGGGCGGAGGCCGAGCUGGGCGCUUUCCCCAGCGCCUUCAGGAAGCUGCUGCACACGAUCAGCGUGCCCUCCUUGUUCAGCAAGGCGCCCUUCGGCAGGCCCCAGCAGAGCGGCUACGAGCCGCCCGUCCUGUUUCGGACCGAAGACCACUUUCCCUGUUGCAGCGAGACACCUCAGAUCUGAGUCCGCCGGCCGGCCGGCCCGCCAGGGAACGCCCGCUGCGAGGGCCGGGGCUGCUGAGUCUGCCGGCGAGGCCGCUGGUAGACCUCCACGAGGUUGGAGGACGGGGUGUUUGUCUUUGGCACACUUGUUUCCCACUGUUUGCAUGACCUCCCGUAAGGACGUGUGGCUUUCUCUCUCCAGUGCUGAACUGAGGGCUGGCUGCUUGGGGCGUCGGGGAACCUGAAGGCGUUUCUCUGUGCGCUGUGGCAGAAUUGUUGUUUUUAUGGGUUUUACAGCUCACCCAACAGUAUUACCUUUUCAGAGUUUCUAUAUUUUAUAUUAAGAAAAACUGCCCAACUGUCCCAGUCUUAUUAUUCGAUCCUAAUAGCGAUUCCAUUUUCUGUAGCUUUUAGGGUAGAUGGUAAGUUAUUUCACGUUAUAUUCUACUUUGCACAUCAUGGGUUGUAAACCGAAGGAAAUCAUACAAUUUCUGAGAAGAUGGAUUGAUUUAUUGCAAUUAAUUCUGAAGCUGUAUU